AUGCUGUUCAGCCUGGCCAAGGUGGACAGAUCCUGGCCAGACGCCCAUCUGCGAGCGCUCCCGCCAUGGUCCUACCUGCCUGGCCCACCUGGGCUCCAUCCCUGUGCUCUGCCUGUCUGUGACCAGUGGCCUUGUGCUCCCAGAGCCAUGAAUGACAUUGGUGACUACGUGGGCUCCAACCUGGAGAUAUCCUGGCUCCCUAACCUGGACGGCCUGAUGGCUGGCUACGCCCGCAACUUCCGGCCUGGCAUUGGAGGCCCCCCCGUGAACGUAGCCCUAGCCCUGGAGGUGGCCAGCAUCGACCAUAUCUCGGAGGCCAACAUGGAGUACACCAUGACAGUGUUUCUGCACCAGAGCUGGAGGGACAGCAGGCUCUCCUACAACCACACCAACGAGACCCUGGGCCUGGACAGCCGCUUCGUGGACAGGCUCUGGCUGCCUGACACCUUCAUUGUGAACGCCAAGUCUGCCUGGUUUCAUGACGUGACCGUGGAGAACAAGCUUAUCCGACUGCAGCCCGAUGGGGUGGUCCUGUACAGCAUCCGGAUCACCUCCACAGUGGCCUGUGAUAUGGACCUGGCCAAGUACCCCAUGGACGAGCAGGAGUGCAUGCUGGACCUGGAAAGCUAUGGAUACUCCUCUGAGGACAUUGUCUACUACUGGUCAGAGAGCCAGGAGCAGAUCCACGGGCUGGACAAGCUGCAGUUGGCUCAGUUCACGAUCACCAGCUACCGUUUCACCACCGAGCUGGUGAACUCCAAGUCAGCCGGCCAGUUCCCCCGCCUUAGCCUGCACUUCCACUUGCGGAGGAACCGUGGCGUCUACAUCAUCCAGUCCUACAUGCCCUCUGUCCUCCUGGUCGCCAUGUCCUGGGUCUCCUUCUGGAUCAGCCAGGCCGCGGUGCCCGCCCGGGUGUCCCUGGGCAUCACCACCGUGUUGACCAUGACCACGCUGAUGGUCAGCGCCCGGUCUUCCCUGCCACGGGCAUCUGCAAUCAAGGCACUGGAUGUCUACUUCUGGAUCUGCUACGUCUUUGUGUUUGCCGCCCUGGUGGAGUAUGCCUUCGCCCACUUCAACGCCGAUUACAGGAAGAAGCAGAAGGCCAAGGCCAAGGUCAAGGUCACGAAGCCAAGGGCAGAGAUGGACGUGAGGAAUGCCAUCGUCCUCUUCUCCCUCUCUGCCGCCGGCGUCACCCAGGAACUGGCCGUCUCCCGCCGACAGUGCCGUGUCCCUGGGAACCUCAUGGGCUCCUACAGGUCGGUGGAGGUGGAGACGGGGGAGACAAAGAAGGAAGGGGGGUCUCGCCCCGGGAGCCAGGGGGCCAUCUGCGCCAGAUUCAAGCCCAUCGACGCGGACACCAUCGACAUCUAUGCCCGAGCAGUGUUCCCCGCGGCGUUUGCGGCCGUCAAUAUCAUCUACUGGGCGGCAUAUGCCAUGUGAGGGGGCGCUCGGCCCUGCACCUGUCCUGCUGUUGGGUGGUGGCUGCCCAGAGACUCCUGGGAGAAAGGGUCCUCGAGUGGGCCUGCCCUCUCUGCGUGCUUCAAAGCAAGUGACAAUUGGCUGCAGAAACAGGAGGGUGCCUCAACCUCUCUGAGCUCUGACCCAGCUGUGCCCCAGAGA